AUGGCCACCCAGAUCUGCACUCCGACCUUCUCCACUGGGUCUGUCAAAGGCCUUUGUGGAAUAGUAGGUGGCAUCUCUCGGGUGUCCUCCAUCCGCCCUGUGGGCUCCUGCAGGGUUCCCAGUCUUGCUGGUGCUGUGGGGUCCUUCUCUUCCCUCAGGAUGGGUCUCUCCGGCCUUGGGAGCUACUUGCCUGGCUCCUACCUGUUCUCUGGGUGCCACCCCUCUGGCUUUGUGGGCAAUGGGGCCUGGCUCUGUGAGGGCUCCUUCAAUGGCAGCGAGAAGGAGACCAUGCAGUUCCUGAACGACCGCCUGGCCAGCUACCUGGAGAAGGUGCGCCAGCUGGAGCGGGAUAACGCGGAGCUGGAGAGCCGCAUCCGGGAAUGGUACGAGUCUCAGAUCCCGUACAUCUGCCCGGACUACCAGUCCUACUUCAAGACCAUUGAGGAUUUCCAGCAGAAGAUCUUGCUGACCAAGUCUGAGAACGCUAGGCUGGUCCUGCAAAUUGACAAUGCCAAGCUGGCUGCCGAUGACUUCCGGACCAAGUACGAGACUGAGCUGUCCCUGCGGCAGCUGGUGGAAGCUGACAUCAACGGCCUGCGCAGGAUCCUGGAUGAGCUGACCCUGUGCAAGGCUGAUCUGGAGAUGCAGGUGGAAUCGCUGAAGGAGGAGCUGAUGUGCCUCAAGAAGGGCCAUGAAGAGGAAGUCAGUGCACUCCGUUGCCAACUUGGGGACCGACUGAAUGUGGAGGUAGAUGCUGCCCCACCAGUGGAUCUCAACAAGAUCCUGGAUGAUAUGAGAUGCCAGUAUGAGGCCCUGGUGGAGAACAACCGUAGAGAUGUGGAGACCUGGUUCAACACCCAGACUGAGGAGCUGAACCAGCAGGUGGUGUCCAGCUCAGAGCAGCUGCAGUGCUGCCAGACAGAGAUCAUCGAGCUGAGACGCACAGUGAACGCCCUGGAGAUCGAGCUGCAGGCUCAGCACAGCAUGCGAAAUUCCCUGGAAUCCACCCUGGCAGAGACUGAGGCCCGCUACAGCUCACAGCUGGCCCAGCUGCAGUGCAUGAUCACCAGCGUGGAGGCCCAGCUGGCCGAGAUCCGCUGUGACCUGGAGCGGCAGAACCAGGAGUACCAGGUGCUGCUGGACGUCAAGGCCCGGCUGGAGUCAGAGAUCGCCACAUACCGCCGUCUGCUGGAGAGUGAGGACUGCAAGCUUCCUGCCCACCCUUGUGCCGUGGAAUGCAAGCCUGCCGUGAGAGUUCCUUAUGUCCCCUCUGUGUCCUCUGCCACGACUGUACCCUGUGCCCCGGCUCCCCAGGUCAGCACCCAGAUCCGCACCAUCACUGAGGAGAUCAGAGAUGGGAAAGUCAUCUCCUCCAGGGAGCAUGUGCAGUCUCGUCCACUGUAA